AUGAAUCUCAAAAUGAGAACCAUCUUGCCACUUUGGCCACACAUCCUGGAGCCACUUUCAGGGUUGGGGUCUUAUGCAGCGAAGGUGGUCCAAAAUUAUCUAAUCGCGCUGGCUCUUGCGGACGUGAUCCAUAUAUAUGCUACACAUCUUCGGGUCGGUUGGGAUGCAUUGAUUGCGGUGAAUAAAUGGAACGACUGGUUAUGCGGCAAUAUUGGUGCUUCUACGUUUCUUUUCGUGAACCGGCUAGCAUGCUUGUUAGGAAUAUUUGGAAAAACCAAGGCAAGCAGUUUCAUUGAUUGUGCAAGGGAAGUCAGGCAUCUUUUUGAAGACGGCACAAAAAGAUCCGCCGAACCACGCGUCCCGUUGCGGCCCCAAACCAUACCAGUCACAAUGAUUGAUCUCAAGCGGCUCGCUUGCGAAUUGCCUAGAAUCCUAUCUGGCGACAGGAACCAGGCUUCUCUGGUAUGA